CCCGGGCCGCCACCCCUCGCGCCCACCGCCGCCGCCGGGACCCUGGCGGCCAGCGAGGGCAGAUGGAAGAGCAUGAGGAAGAGCCCUCUCGGGGGUGGCGGCGGCUCGGGAGCCUCCAGCCAGGCCGCCUGCCUCAAGCAGAUCCUUCUGCUGCAAUUGGACCUCAUCGAGCAGCAGCAGCAGCAGCUGCAGGCCAAGGAGAAGGAGAUCGAGGAGCUGAAGUCGGAGAGAGACACGCUCCUUGCUCGGAUUGAACGUAUGGAAAGGCGGAUGCAGCUGGUAAAGAAGGAUAAUGAGAAAGAAAGGCACAAGCUGUUUCAGGGCUAUGAAACUGAAGAGAGAGAGGAAACAGAGCUAUCUGAGAAAAUUAAACUGGAGUGCCAGCCGGAGCUUUCCGAGACAUCCCAGACUCUGCCUCCCAAGCCUUUCUCAUGUGGGCGGAGUGGAAAGGGACACAAAAGGAAAUCCCCAUUUGGAAGUACAGAAAGAAAGACUCCUGUUAAAAAGCUGGCUCCUGAAUUUUCAAAAGUCAAAACAAAAACUCCUAAGCACUCUCCUAUUAAAGAGGAACCCUGUGGUUCCUUAUCUGAAACUGUUUGUAAACGUGAAUUGAGGAGCCAAGAAACCCCAGAAAAGCCCCGGUCUUCAGUGGACACCCCACCAAGACUCUCCACUCCCCAAAAGGGACCCAGCGCCCAUCCCAAGGAGAAAGCCUUCUCAAGUGAGAUAGAAGAUUUGCCGUACCUUUCCACCACAGAAAUGUAUUUGUGUCGUUGGCACCAGCCUCCCCCAUCACCAUUACCAUUACGGGAAUCCUCUCCAAAGAAGGAGGAGACUGUAGCAAGGUGUCUGAUGCCAUCAAGUGUUGCAGGAGAAACUUCAGUCUUGGCUGUUCCUUCUUGGAGGGACCACUCAGUAGAGCCUCUAAGGGACCCAAAUCCUUCAGACCUUUUGGAGAACCUAGAUGACAGUGUGUUUUCGAAGCGGCAUGCAAAACUGGAGCUAGAUGAGAAGAGAAGGAAAAGAUGGGAUAUUCAGAGGAUCAGGGAACAAAGAAUAUUACAGCGACUGCAGCUCAGAAUGUAUAAAAAGAAAGGAAUUCAGGAAUCUGAGCCUGAGGUUACCUCAUUUUUCCCUGAGCCAGAUGAUGUUGAAAGUUUGAUGAUUACCCCCUUCUUGCCUGUUGUAGCAUUUGGACGACCAUUACCAAAAUUAACUCCACAGAAUUUUGAGCUGCCCUGGUUGGAUGAGCGUAGCCGAUGCAGGUUGGAGAUCCAGAAGAAGCAAACACCUCACCGGACGUGUAGGAAAUAGCUGUGCUGGCAAGAACCUUCUGUCUUCAGAUAGUUGUAGCAUGCCAUUCCCAGAGUGGCACAGACCUGUAUAUGUGACCUUUGUCCUCAUUUAUGUUAUCAUUUGCUGAUGAUGCCCUUCCAUACUCCCUUGAUUUUGGUUUUGUUUUCAUCACUCUGAUUUCACAAAAACUCUAUUGUGAUUUAUAGAGUGUGAUAGCAUUUAUUUUCUCUUUUUAGGGAAAUGAACUCACCAUCUAAAUCUAUAGGAUGGCAGAUUUGGAAGUUAGUUUCAGGGGUCUGCUAUACAUUUGCCUAUUUAAAGGGUAAAAGGGCUCUCUUCAUUAGACAUGUGGAAGAUGAAGCAACUCCUGCCUUUAGAGCUGUGCCUGCAUGACACUCUUCUCGCCCUGGUAUACCCUCCUUAUAAUUUGGGUAUAAAAGUAUUCACCCCAAAACGAAACAAAAAUUACCAUGAGCUUUAGGACCAGACAAGGAAUAACAAGUGAAGUGAUAAAGAAAGUCAUCCUAACAGAGUAGAAAAGAGAACAGAGUGUUGGCGGAUAAAUGUCUAAAAGAUAGUUGUUUUCUUAAAGCUAUUCUGUGAUAUAGCCAUGUGGGGAGGAAUGUUUGUGAUUUUUUUUAGUUAAUGGGUAACUGAAUUUCUUCCCCCACCCCUCAAAAAACAAAAUCUUUGGAAAAGAGAAUGAGGAUGGUUAGUUUUAAACAAAUUACUAUUGUAAACAAAAGCAGUUGACAUUUGGAAUAGCAUGUCAGAACCUGUAUAGAUGUCCUUGUGUCACAUCACUUCUCAAGUAUUCCUUAAUUGGGCUUUAUCCAUUUAGCUGAGCUCUUGGUGGUGGGGUAGAGAUUUAGGGAGGGUGGGGGGAGGGUGUGGAAAUAUGUGCUUUCUUUGGCUGGCAAAUGUCUACAUCUUGAAACAAGCAGAUGUACCUAAUGAGCUUCUCCAUUCACUUUGUAAGAAUAGAUUUGUAUGUGUACCAUCUUGGUGUCCCCCCCGCCCCCAUUUUAUUAAAAUAUCAGGACAGCACUCCCAGGCCACUUUGGUCUUAUGUAAGAUCCCUAUUAGCUAUCUGAAAGGAAAAUAGAGCCAAGACCUCUGGUCUCAAAUAUAUAGGAAUUGCCUUUCUUUAGUCUUCAGGACUAUUGUGUGAAAACAAGUAGGGGUCUAAUCUCCUAGAAGGUAGGGGCUUUUAUCCUUGAAGAGAAUAUGUCCCCAGAUUAUUAGCACUUUUAGAGGAGAAGCCAAGGUAUGUAGGGUAUGUGGCCGGCCCAUCAGUGGAGCAUGAGAGAGAAUGGGAUACCAUUGUGGGAAGAGAAGAAAAGUUCCUCAGGGGCCUCCCACUGCUCAAGCUUUUUGUGAGAUGUUGAUCUGUGCUUCCUGGAUUUGACUUUUAAAGGAAUUAUUCCAGCAGCACAUGUAGUAUUCUUGGAUGAUCUUGCUGCUCUUAUUUCUCCGUGUGUGUGUGUGUGUGUGUGUGUGUGUGUGUGUGUGUGUGUGUGUGUGUGUGUCUCUGUGGGUUUUCAUUUGUAACUCCAUCUGCUUAGGAGAGUGGGCUCUCUAUAAGGGAACCGCUGUAAACUUCGUUGCAGCAAGGAUGUAGAGAGAAAUAGGACUUAAUUCCACUAGGGGCUCUCAUCUCACACCUUAAGAAGGAGAUUUCUAAAAAAAAAAAAAACCGGGCCGGAUUUUCUUUGUUUUCAUCAUUUUAAUAUGGCAAACUGUUCAGCUUUCCUACUCUGACUUAUGUUAUUAUGUUCCUUUAUAAUGUGCCCAAAAAGAAAAAAAAAAACCCUAAUCAGUGUCUCUUGACUUUGUUCCUUGAUCCCUCUCAGUUUCUUCUUCAUUUCAGCAUUUGUCAGAUUGCUAAUUUUGGAUAUGGGUUAGCAAAUUUAACCUUUAUGUUUGUGCCCUACCCAGGGAACUCCUAUUUCUGACUUGAACUAGACUAAGAGGAAUUCAUGAGGUGCUAUCUGGCCAGACUUAAGUGGAUUCUAUUUCCUUGAUUCUCCCUCUCCCUGAGGACCUCUUAUUUUAUUGUUCCCUCUUCUAGGUCAAUUCUCCUUUGAUUUGGAUAUGCUGAGGUUUGUUGAGAAGGAGGCUGAAGAGUAGAUUAGCAAAGUUCCAAGAGUGAUAUUAAACAGUGUGUUAGAGUGUGGGGGGAAAAUUAGUCUUAUUUUUCCCUACAUGGGAUACAACACUGUGAAAUUCAAUCUUCAACUGAAGGCCCUGCAGUUCUCCUAAAACAUAGUUCUUUGUUUUUCUUUAACAAAGUUUAAGCUAGUGUUAAUAAAUUAAAAAGAGAAAUUGCUUGUCUGUCCAAUUCAGCUUUGUUUUAUGCCCAUUUCAUAUUGUUCUGUGUUGUAAUUCAUACUUUUGAUACCAUUUCUGAUGUGUAAAAUUGGUUGUCUUGUAAAUAUCUUAUAAAGAGUUCAAUUGUAAAUAAACUAUUGUGGCUGUUAA